CUUUUUGCGCUCUGUCGAAAGUGAAACUAUCCUCACACUCACUUUUAAGCAGCGACGGCGGGAAUUGUUUGUGCUUGGCAUGCUCAAACACAACAGACCAGUUUUGGUUGUUUGAAAAUGUCAACAAAGCAUCAGUAUGAAUCAUGUCAUUUUAGACACAUUUAAGAGGAAAUUGGAGAAACUUCCUAUUGGAGAUUUCCAUGGGCUUGUCAGUCCAGGCCUUACCUGCUAUUUAAACAGUGUUCUUCAGGUGCUUUUCAUGACAGAAGAAUUCAGAGACAGAAUUAAAAGGUGCUGUGAGAAACCAACGACUCUUGACUUUCAUCUGAAGGACUUGUUCACCUCUUUGGAGACAAACAUGGCCAGAACACACAAAAUCGCUCAGAUAUUAGGCAUUGCAGAUGUUUAUGAGCAACGAGAUGCUGCUGAAUAUUUUGAAAAGAUUUUGCGUCUAACUUGUCCACAAGCAUCUAAGAUUUUCAAAGGAGAGCUGAGUCACAUGACCACAUGCUGCAAGUGUAAAACCAGAAAUAAUGCACCAGGCUUUUUCUGGAUCCUCCCAUUGUCAAUAAAAGACCCACGUCAAAUCUACAGAGUGGACAACGGUUUUGAGGAUUUCUUUAGCAAAGAAGAAGUCAGUGGGGAAAACCAAAUGUACUGUGCCCAUUGUGAUAAAAAUCAAGAUGCAAUAAUUAUGUGUAAGAUGACGCAGCCCCCGGAGGUAUUGACUCUUUUAUUGAAGAGAUUUCACUACGAUUCGGAGCUUAAGUGUAAUGUCAAAGUAAACUGUGAAGCUGAGGUGCCCCUCAUGUUAGAGAUAAAGGAUUGUAGCUAUGAACUCUAUGCAAUGGUCAAACACUAUGGGAAUCUAACUGGAGGCCAUUACAUUGCAUUUAUUUACUCUUUUCAAACCAAAGAGUGGUAUGGUUUCAAUGAUGGAAAAGUCAAACUGAGGAGAAACUACAUCUCAGGAAAACCAUAUUUGAGAUCGCGUUCAUCUUAUCUUCUCAUGUACAUGAAAAAGAGCAGAAAUCCUGAAAAAAACUGUGAAACUUCAGAUACUGAGGCAGUGGAGACCCAGGUUCCUAUGACAAAUGAAAUGAUGGAGAAAAGCUGUAACAGAGAGACUUAUAUUCAAGAAGAUGACAACAUAUUACCAUAUAACAAGACCUGUACCACUGAAACUGCCAUGGACACAGAUAGACACCUCCCAUUAAAAAGUCCUGUGAAUUCAAGGCUACAAAGAAACGAGAAAGCCUCAAGUCUUCAGGACAGACACCCACAGAAAGACAUCUGCUGCACUACAAAUAUGAAAAAAGGGAGUGCACUGGACAGUCAAAUGACUUAUUUGCUAUCCCCCAAAAAUUCUCCCAAAACCAGCAAAAGAUCAGAGCUCCCAAAAGGAAAUGUUAAACGAAGUGCAUCAAUGAAAAGUACAAUAUCAUGGAAAUAAUAGAAAGGAUGCAGAUACUCUCAAAUAUACUGUACUCAGGUUUAACAACAGUUACCUUUUUGUUUUUGUUAAUUUAUUUUUGUGGGGUUUUUUUGUGUGUGUGUUUUUUUUUUUAUGCCUGGGGUUCUCAAAAUGUUCAGACUGCAACUCUCAAAGUAACAAGCCAAAAAAAAAAAAAAAAAAAACUGUAAAAAGGUACUAAUCAAUACUAAAACUAGCAGGAAAACUAUAUUGAGCAAGUACUGAUACUAAAGAAGUCAGAAAGAGUCAGAACAAGUAUAAGAACACAUAGACUAUUAUAGAGCCAUAGACCACAAUGGAACCUACUUGGACAAUUGAGGGAUUACACAGAUGUAAGACCACAUGGUAAUGUUAAAGGAAGUACUAUGAUUUAAUGUUGAAGAUCACAUUCCGUUGUUUAAAGAAAAAGAACAUCUGAAAUGUUAGUAUUGUGUCAACACAACGGUAAAAUGUGACUGGUGCUUGUAAUAUUUUUAAGCAGCUUAACAUUCUAAAUUAGGUUCAUUCAAUAGUUACAUUUAAGUUUAGUGUUCUAACCAGUGUUGUCAAACUGUAUGUUCAUUGUGCUUAAAAGCGUACCUUUUACAAUAAAUUAUUAUUAUU